AUGAUUUCCAACAGAUUAUUGGCAAGCGUUGUCCUCGCCCUUUCUGUCUCUCAAUCCGUAUCCGGCCUUACACUUGAUACUUCGGAUCCAACUUCAAUCAAAAAUGCAGCAGGCACAAUUGCAUAUGGUCUUAUGAAGUAUUAUACCGGCAAUGUCACCAACACCCCGGAAACUAUCGCCGUCCUACCAGCACCCUAUUACUGGUGGGAGGCCGGAGCAAUGUGGGGAACCAUGCUCGACUAUUACCACUAUACCGGGGAUUCUUCAUAUAAUGAAGUUACCACACAAGCCUUGGCAUCUCAAGUUGGUCCACUCUUUGAUUACAUGAUGCCAAAUCACCAAAAGGAUGAAGGAAAUGAUGAUCAAGCCUUUUGGGGAAUGUCUACCAUGUCUGCUGCAGAGAAGAAUUUCCCGGAACCUUCCAACACUGGUGGAUUUACUUGGGUACAACUGACCGAAAACCUUUGGAAUACCCAAGCUGCCCGUUGGGAUACUUCGGCAUGUGGCGGUGGACUGAAGUGGCAAAUAUUCUCAUUCAACAAUGGUUAUACUUACAAGAACUCCGUUUCUAAUGGAGCCUUUUUUCAACUUUCUGCACGCCUUGCACGAUAUACCGGAAAUCAAACAUACGCCGACUGGGCAGAAAAAGUUUUUGAUUGGACUACCAAGAUCGGAUUUAUUGAUUCAGACUUCAAUACUUUCGACGGUGCUGAUGAAUCCACAGGUUGCACCAAUCCGAACAAAAUCACAUGGAGCUACAACAAUGCUCUUUACUUGUAUGGAGCCGCCGUCAUGUAUAAUUUCACCACUGACUCUGCAUGGCAAUCACGAACUCAAAGCUUAUUACAGGCCUCUAGUCACUUCUUCACAUCGGAAAGUAUCAUGUACGAACUGGCAUGCGAGACAGUCAACACCUGCAACAAUGAUCAAUAUUCAUUCAAAGCCUAUCUCUCACGCUUCAUGUGGGCAACGACUCAAAUGGCACCCUUCACCAAGAACACAAUCACGACAUAUCUUACAAAAUCAGCAUCAGCAGCAGCAGGUAUUUGUACUGGGGAUGCGAAUGCUUGUGGUACAAAAUGGUAUACAGGGUCAUUCGAUGGAAUAGUUGGUCCCGGACAACAAAUGACUGCCCUUGAGGUUAUUCAAGGAUUAUUGAUCUCUUCCGCUCCGCCGCCAGUUGUCAAAGGCGAAGCACUUGUCCAAUCAGCAUCUUCUUCGACAUCUUCUUCGACAUCAUCAGCCAUUACAAGCACUACCAGCACAUCCCCAGUUUCAAGUUCCAGCAGUGAGUCUACCACUGCCAGCGCUAGCAGCGCUGCAAGCACUUAUUCUUCAUCAGACGUCGCCGUAACGUAUACCUCCAUCGAAAGUGCCACAGUUCCAUCCAUGACUAGCUCUUCUUUUACGGUACUUCCUUCCCCUGAAGCUUCAUUCUCUACCGCACAACCUUCCCCUACACCCUCGGAAGAGGAACAAUCCUCUUCUUCUAUGGUAAUCCCUUCGCCCGAAGUUUCAUCCUCUAUCGCAAAGCCUUCUCCCACACCCUCAGAAGAGGUACGAUCUUCCACUGCAAUUAUCUCAUCUACUGCACAAUCUUUGUCUGAAUUAACAUCUGCUUCCCCUGCUCUCACAACAUCUGCACCUAUUUUCGACACAACUACCACGAUCAAAAUCCUCCACAGCACAACUGUAUCUUGCAACACCUCUGUAUAUACCAACUCCACUGGUUGGUUUACGCCAUCAUCAUUUCUAUCUAGCCGUCUUACGACUGCUUCACCGACCCCUGCUACUGUUACAAGUGCUUCGGCUGCAUCUUCACCUGUGUCACCCGUAUCUUCAACCGCAUUACUGAUCGAUACUUCUAUACAGCCGAUGCCUAUCGCUUCGGGAACUGUUUCGAAAGGAACUGCGAGUUCACCAACUACCGCUUCCUCUUCCGCUUCGGCUAUUAAGGCUACGGUUACGGCUGCUGCGGAGAAGGGUAUGAGGGUCUCAGGAUCAGGGCUGCUGGCUGCUGUACUUGGUGCCGGACUGCCAUGGGUUUUGUAG